AUGGUGGCCUCGUUGGACGAAUAUCCACAGUUAGUGGUAGACUUAGCGCAACGCAGCAUCCCACUUAAGAUCCUGGAAUUAACCGCCCUCAUUGUUCUCAUUGCAUUAGCGUUCUUUGGCAACGUUAUGAUCUGUGUGGCUGUUCUCCGGACCCCUGCCCUCCGAACAGUGUCAAACAUGUUUGUUACAAACUUGGCGGUGAGCGAUAUUUUAAUGGCGGUUGUUUGUAUGCCACUAACACUGUGCGUGCUUAUCUCAGGGGAUUGGCCGUUCAGCGCAGUGGUAUGCGAUCUUCAAGGGUUUUUCAUGUUUUCGUUUGGAAUUGUUUCGCAAAUUAAUAUGUCGGUGAUCGCUUUAAAUCGCUACUUCGCCAUUUGCCGACCGUUUGAUUGCAAAGCCAUCUUUACCAAGGGAAACGUGAUUUGCAUGAUUGCCUUUCUGUGGAUUUUACCAAGCAUUGCAAGUGUUCCUCCUUUGACGGGCUGGGGAUAUUACGCUUUUAAUGGAGGCAAAGCUUUCUGUAUAUACCCCUUCAACGUCAACUUGAUUUACACCACGAUUGUCCAGCUUCUGUUCAUUGCGUUUCCACUAGGACUUAUCGGAUUCAGCUACACGAAAUGCAUCAUGGCGAUAAGAGCAAACAACCGACAAGUCGCGCAAAUGGAAGACAAUUCUGGUCAAGCCAAUCGACAGUCGAGAAAGGCGCGCGAAAUUCGUGCCACCCGGACGAUGAUGUUCGCCACCUUGGGAUUCAGCUUGUGUUGGUUUCCAGUCUCCAUCAUAGAUUUUGCAGACACGUUCACAGGAGGCGGGAAUUUACCACGUGGAGUUUUCAUGCUCAACGGGUUUCUGAUCUUCACGUCAAGUUCCAUCAAUCCUCUCAUCUACUGGCUAACAAACCGCGAUUUCCAAAAGGCUUACCGGAAAUUAUUGCCAUGCACUGAAAAUAAUAUUAUCAUAGUGAACGAGGUUUCACACCCCACACAAAUAACUGGUUCUCAGGAACCUGUGAAUGAACAACUGUAAUAUUUAUUUCAAUCGUUCAUCUAAAGUGCACUUACCCUUUGCUAUCAUCAGAACGACAUUGACUUGAUCAAAUUGGAAAUAUGUUAUGAGCCAGAUUGAUAUCAUGUUAAAUUGUGCGCAUGCAUUAUUAUCUCUCCAACUCGGCUUCAUGAAAAAAUAACUGAUUAAAGAUCAAUAUAUCAAGCAGACCAUAGCAAGAAAUGUUUAAAUGGAUGGGGUGGGGGGCUAAACUGUGCUACACCCAUGGGAUACCUAUACCAGCUAGAUUGUCGUAUCGAUAUCCACACCGUGUUUUACUAAAAAUUACAUUUUUUUGCACGAGCAGUGUGUGAACAGGGUAUGUUUUACGAAAAUCUUUUCCAGUGCUUGAUACUCAUUCGUACAUUGGAAAGUUCCCGUGUAUAGAUGAGUAUCAAUUACUGGAAAAUAUUUAGGCUAUGCUGAUUCUUCUGGCGGAGUAGCACGUUUUCUCCGCCAAAUGAUAGGAUUUGUAGACAGUUGACUUCAAGAAAUUCUCAGAAAGAGAAGGUCACGGCGCCUAAUCGCUUCGCCUGUCUAGCCACACCUCUGCCAAAAAAAUACUAAUGCAUACAGUCGUGCACAAACACACUCUUGUCAGUGAUCUUCAGUAAAGCCGUUUACACGGCGGGAGGAAGAUUUCAGGAGGAGAAUCAUCCUAGUGUUGAAUUUAGUGUUAACCAAUAUGAAAGAAAAGCAUUGCAUAUUUCACUGUUAUACACCUUGCGGUUUUUUCCCACUGGACUUGACUCAAAGGAGAUAACAUUCCUUUUGUGUUAAAGAUGUGUUCGCCAAGCGUUGUUUAAGAAAACCGAAUUUUCUUGUGAAACAAAUUGAAAUAAAUUUUUCCUUCAAGGGUUUCCCAUUACUAUGGGUUUUUUCAUACGCGUAAAAUAGCCUCUAAGAGGAUGCGUUUUCAGAGAGUGAUUCAUUAAGAAAACCUCUUUCGUGCUCGUGCAACAAACGAAAAAUUGUUACGCUCUAAAGGUUCCGAGUGGUAGGUUCUUCUUCAUUCCAUGUGAAUAGCUUCUAAUUAUUAUCUCGAUUGAAAAAUGCUUUUCUUAAGACUACGUUAACUUUGAUAAAUUUUGAUAACCUAGGUAUUUUGCUGCCCAGCACUGAAAUGCCAAAUUGCUAAAAACAGCAUGUUAAGAUCAUAACAUGGCUUAUUGGAAAGUACUGGAAAUGACAUGUACUGUCUUAGGAUUAUUUUGGAGACGCGUUUCCCUGACAACGCUCAGUCUUCCAAGAGUUAAUAACUAGCUAGGCAAUACGGAUUCGAAAUAAUAUUUUACUUCCUAACCAAAGAAGUUUUCGAUGACAACAUUGACUUAUGAGGACGUUAAUGCUUUCUUAGCACAAGGUGCUUAAAAUACAAAUUAGCAUUUGUGAGACUCUCUCGCCAUAAUAACAAUAGUAGAGGAAAAACAGCCACUUUUAUUGUCAAGCUACUUACUCAACAUAGUGAUGAUCGUCCUAAGACUAUAUUCAAUAUCUUUAACCCUGAAAGAUUUUAUUCGACAAUAUCCCGGCGAAAUUUCUAAUAACCUCUGGAUUCCGACUUACAAUUUAACCGAGUUUAUGUUACCGUGGAAUGGGGAAUUACAUUUUGCUCACCGUUUCAGUUGUAAAUUCCACUCAAACAUAUCUUAAAUAAAGUAUUGGACUAAUUCUUUGCAAUUUGUAAUCUUUCUCGGUCCGAUUUCGACUGAACGUGAAUUUUUUGGUGGGUAAAUUUUCUUACUGGAUACUUUCGUUUCGGUUGAUACGCUUCAUUAACGCCGUCAGUGUUUUUAAUGAAAUAUUAAUAAUAUUGGCAAUAGUGACAAGGGAACCCGAGAAGAGGCGGGCUAUUUACUCAAAGCAGGUUUCUUCCUGAGUUUUUGAUCCGUUUAAAAGACUUUUAAUAGUGAAAAGAGGCAACUGGCGUAGGACUCAACGCACGUCAAAGGAAAAUUCAAUAUUUUCCUGAUACCGAGAGAAGACUUGUCUGGUGAUAAAUUUUUGAAAUUCAGAUCUGGACCGAGAAGAGGGCGAAUGUCUUGCAGCUGAGAUGUACCUGUUACUGUGAAUAAAACAAUAACUACUUCACAGGGAUAUCUUCAAAGGUAAUUAUACUCAUUCUUUCUUAGCCAAAAAUGACAAAACUUCGUAGUGUUUCUUCUUGACGUUUCCUCAAUUUUUCAGUGGCUUGUAUGACCUUUGAGAACUCUUCCUUUAGCAUCAGAACCAUACAACCACUGGUUAUAAUUGAUCUUUGACUGGUAUAGUUACUUACGAAUCAGGUUAUCUCCAAAGAACGCUACUGUGAAGAAAUAUCUUUUUGAUUUCUUAAUUUUUAUUGAAGGGAUUGAAGAAUUGAAUUUUGUUGAACUUAGCCGUGAAUCAGACGUUUAAAGCAACCACGAAAACAAGAAAUGAUAUAAGGAACGGAGGAUUAGGUGGCUGUUAAAUAAUUUAGCUUGUUUCAAACGGGCGGUGAAAAUGUAAAACUUCUAUUUUAAGUUAUGUUCAAUUCUAGCGCAUAUCUAAGAGAUAUUUAGAUUAGCUUUCUCUAGCAGUAUCUAAAACCAUCUAGGUGGUUUAAAGUUAUCUUAGUAAAACCUUAGUCUUCAUCGCGUUUUGAUUGUCGAGGUCUCAUGGUACCAGUUCAAACAAAGUUAAACUUGAUGUGCCUUGAUCUUUUGAUCUAAAACGAGAAAAAAGAUACAACUAGGUAAAACUGCAUUAAAAGUAAGAAUGAUAAAAUUAACAAAGGUGAAUACAAUUUUGUUACGUUUAAUUAACGAGAGAAACAUAUUAGAAAUGUUUGGGAACCUUGAAGCCUAGUAGCGGCACUGAAAUAAUUGUAAAUGACUUUAUUGACAAAUCAGUUUCCCACCUUUUGUAGAAUGUAUCAGGGAGGGUUUAGUACAAGAAAAGCAAUCAGGUUAUCUAAUUGCUGUUUUACAGGUUAAGUUAAGAGCUAGUAAUUUGGUACGGAUCAGUACUUCUCAAUGAAUGAAGGUCCCAAUGACUAGAUGGUAGAGUCACGGUCGGUGCGUGAGGUGUGAGAAAGAGGGUAAAUCGUGCAAAAAGGCCUACAACGAUGGUAAAGUCUACUGAACCGGUCAAACAGACGGUCUGUUGACCUGCUACAGUCAGCAGACCAGCUAAUUAUGCGCUUGCUUGGCAUCAAUCGAUCGGUUUGUCGGCAAAGAGGGUUUUAAUAAAUAUAACUCGUAUUCAUCUCCUUUAAAUAGCGAAUUGAUAAUGGCGGACACCGAAGAACCUCGACCAGAUCCCGUCGAGGGGGUAGACGAGAAGGAUUCCACGAAAAAAUCCAGUUUUCCCAAAAGAUAUGUAGUGGCCAUCAUGAUCUUUCUUGGUAUCUGUGUGCAAUACGCUCUCCGAGUGAACCUUAGUGUAGCAAUAGGAGCCAUGUGCAAUAACCACACUGUGGAGCAGAAUGGAUUUACCAUACAGAAGGUUUGUUUCCUUCUUGUAUUUCCAGAACAUACAUUGUAGCGUCCAUCGAAUACAUGUUUAAACAAUUACACGUUGUCUCGAAAGUAACAUGUUUUUUUUUCUCUCGAUUAAAGAAAGCUGAAUUUGAAUGGAGUUCAAAGCUUCAAGGUAACAUAUCUCAGAAUUUAAAAAAAAAACAAUUAUUUUUGUCAAGUAGAAUUUAUUAUAAACACCGAGGAACUGUUUAAACGGCUCCUAAACAUUUAGUUUACUAAACAAUCAAAUCAAAUCAGUUCCAGGCAGCUUUGAAUUAGAGGAAACCGUAGCUCCUCAGUGAGCUGGGGCCAGUCAGUAAAGAUAUCUAGCCAAUAAAGUUCCAAAUGUCGAAUCCCCAUGAUUUAUAGUUGUGAACAACACGAUAAAUGAUAAAGGUUUAUGAGUGCCUAACACCUGAAAUGAAAUAAAUUGAGAAGGACACGAGACCAAUAUGAAUCCUUUUCUUUCUUUUCCCAAAAGGCACAAUACUUGGAGCGUUUUACUAUGGCUACACUGCUAUGCAGAUCCCAGGCGGUUGGUUAGGUCAGCGGUUUGGAGGAACCCGCGUGUUCGGGAUCUGUCUCGGGAUCGCCUCAAUACUCACCAUGCUCACACCAAUUGCAGCGCGCACCAGUGUCGCAGCUCUAAUUACUCUCAGGGUGAUAGAAGGGUUGGCUUUGGUAAGUGAACAAAUUACAGGGUGUUUUCUACAAGCAAACAAGCAUCGAGAAAAUCUCCAGUAUCGAUGAAUCAUAUUCUUGCGACGUUCAAUGCAACUCAUGGUUCUAGUCUUCUCAAUUAUUGCAUAUUAUGCGGGUUUUACGUAGUGUUUACCAAUCAAAAGUGGCUUUGCUAAGAUCUUCUCUCACUCAAUGACAACCCACAAGCCGUCAGUAGGUAACCCUCCAGAGAUAUGAACAAGAGCCUGACUUUCGAGGUGAAAUUUUUCAUGUUCUAAUAUUUCUGUUUAGUAAGAGUAACGCAUAUCGUUUUUCACCCCUAGUCACUCGACCAUAUGGCAUGUACGAGAGAGGCUCAAAGAUUUAAGCCACGAAUGGCUAAAAAUCUCGUCCAUAUUCUCAUUAAACUUCUGUCUUAUUUUGAUUUUCAAAGGGUGCUCUUUUCCCGUGUAACCACGCAAUUUGGAGCAAAUGGGCACCACCAUCUGAAAGAACUCGACUUUUUACCAUAACCGUUGCAGGUGAUUAAAUGUGCAGUCUGGAAGAAGUGACAAAUUAUAAAAAACUAGAUUGACUUACCCUCUACAGCCGGGCACCCUUUUACGUUCUGCCUGACGUAAUUUUCACUUAAAAACUUGCUUCUAAAUCAAUUAAUCGAUCACUCAAUCAAUCAGUCAAUCAGUCGAUCGGUCAGUCGGUCAAUUAGCCAGUCAGUCAAUCAGUUAAUCAAUCAAUCAAUUAAUCAAUCAAUCAAUCAAUCCUCACCCUGAGAAUACAUCUUUUGAUGUGAAAGUUGGCGUGGCGAGGUGUUCAAGAAUUUGAUUUAGGACUAGUUCUGAAAAACGCCCAAACCUUUUAAAAUCAUAUUUUCCUCAGAGCAUUUUUGCUGCCAGCAAUUCAUAACUCUCUUUGUUGUAUCACGUGAUAGGUUGUCCAGUGGGUACUAUCCUAUCUAUGCCACUGAGUGGCAUUAUGUCUAAAUAUGGAUUUGACGGGGGAUGGGCCUCCGUGUUCUACUGCUUUGGUAAGAAGUACAGAACAUAAAAUUGAAUGAUACCUUAUCUUUCACUAUUGUAGCUCUACCUUGCUUUUCCUUUAAACUCGUAACUCAAACGUUAGAAUUUGCGAUUUUACGUUUUACUUUAGCCAUUAUGCCCUUCCGCAAGCUGUUUUUUCGCACUAUAUCAACACGUAAUCGAACCAUCUCCUUAAACUGUUCCUUUCAGUUCUCAGUGGUGUGAUGCCUUACGUCCUACCCUGUCUUGCAGAGGUCUUGUGGAAAUUCAUUUUAAAUACAUCACCUCUUAUGUUUUUGUGAAUGAUCUAGGAGCAAUUGGUCUUCUUUGGUUCUUUAUAUGGCAACUAGCGAUCCAUGGCUCUCCAUCAGAGCAUCCUACUAUCACUCCUGAAGAAAGAGACUAUAUAGAGAAGAGUAUAGCGAAGCUACCCCAGGCUAAGGUAAAGGGGUCGUUAGUACCUGAAAAUGACCACGUGAAAUAUAUCUUACUAGCUGAGUGGUAUGUACUAGUUAAGUGCCACCUCCGCGUUUUUCGUUAAGUUUCCCUGAAGAGUUUUUGUUACUCAUUCUAACUAAAAAACACAACACAACGACCACCUACGGCUCCAAGCCGGACCUCUUGAUUUGGUGAAGUCAGGUGCUUUAGCUACUGGACUUUGAGGCUCUAAAAAACAAAAAAUAAAUCAAUAUACCGGGACAAAGUUAGUAAAACUGAAGUCUGCCAUCUGCUAUUUUAGAAAGGCCAGGUUCCUUGGAAAUCGAUUUUGACAUCACUUCCCGUGUGGGCCAUCGUCACAGCUAAUUUCACUGCAGACUGGGGCAUGUAUACCAUCUUGAUCUGUCUCCCUAAAUAUUUCAUCGAGGUUUUGCACUUCGACCUUGCUAAGGUAUGUAUGUAUCAGUAACGAGAGUUAGGAGUCAAUGAAAUAUUGAAAUACUUUGUCACCACACACACUUGGAAACACGAUCACCGGGGAUGGGAAAUUUUGCCAUUCAAUUUGCCAAUAUGUAUGCGAAAGACGUUUAAACUUUUUUUUUGCCCAAUCACGAAAGGAGGAAAAUUCUUCGUGUUGUUUACACAGACUGGGUUUCUGGCGGCGUUGCCAUAUGUUGUCAAAGCUUUUGUUGGACCUGCCGGAGGUAUUCUGGUGGAUUGGCUCAUUAAAAACAAGAUGUCCGUUAGAAACACGAGAAGAUGCGUUUUUACCUUUGGUAAGACAAAGUUUCUUUCCCAGUUACCCGCACCUGAUACUCCUUUCUUAUUGCUACUUGCUGUUUAGCAAUCUGAUGCAUGUUGCGCUUCAGUUUCUACGACAGUUAAAUUCAUAUUGUUUUCGUCUUCAGGUUGUACCACAGCUUCGAUCUUCAUCUUGAUAACAGGAUAUGCUACGACUCCGGCUCUUGCCGUUGCUUUUCUUACCAUUGGUGUGGGUAUCACGGGUCUGAAUGCUUCAGGUUAUGCCGUCAACAUCCUUGAUAUUGCGCCUCAGUACGCAGGCGUCAUAAUGGGUGUGACUAAUGUUUUUGGUGCGUCACCGGGCUUCAUUAGCCCACAGAUUGUUGGAAUUGUCACUCCUAACAAGGUAAACAAUCACCUCUUAUGAGGUAAAGUGCAUCUGAAAGUAAAGAAAUAUUUUGUCAAUAAAUGAGAAGUUUCCUUGAUUGACGGCUUUCAUCUGCGAGGUCUUCUACUGCUUAAGGUCAAUUUAAUUAAAGAAAUCUACGCUUUCAGCGGGUGGGGGACAAGUAAAUUUCUACUUCCAGGCGAAAAAUGGAUUCUUAAACGUAAAAGUUUUUCCCUGAGGGAGACAUUAAGCCAUUCUCUAUGACAAUUUCAGAGUUCCAAACUUGAAUAUCCUAGCGUGGAAGUCGCCGAGUCUCCAUUUGCUAAUAAUCAUUACCAGAUUUUCAGAAAUAUCAGAUUUGUGAACUCUCCAGGGAAAAAUAAGAGAACGUGCAUGACUUCGCGCUGCUUAAUAAUAUCGCUGUCGUUUGCAGACCGCUGGCGAGUGGCGCAUUGUAUUUUGGAUCACAGCGAUCGUGUACAUCAUUGGUAUUGUGAUCUUUGGUCUGCUGGUCUCAGGUGAUCUGCAACCCUGGGCCCAACAUGAAGACAAGAAGGAGGAAGAAGAUGGAAAAAAGGAAGAAGAUGAAGAAAAAGUAGCUGAAAAACAAGAAAAAUCGGAUGAAGAUAAGAAAGAGGAUGAAAAACCACAGGAAAGUCAAGAAGAGGCGAAUAAAGAAGAACAAGCUGAAGACAAACCUGCAGAGUAAUCGUAACAGUCGGAUAAUAUUACAAUCUUGUUUUGCUGAAAGACCUACAUAGAUGUUAAAUUAAAUUAAAGCUUGUUAUUCUUCAUGACAACGUGUUAGCAAAAUACCUAUUAACUGUGAAAAUUGAGGGUAUAGUCUAUGAUGCUUAACCGGAAUAUUCGCUAUUCUUUGUCGAGUCCUCAACAUUUUAAUUCACGUUUAAUUUAAACGUGGUUGUCUAAACAGUUCUGUUAUUAUUUUGAUUUUAACUGCUAUAUUUUAAAAAUGCUUUUCCCUAUCAAUAGCAUGAUAAACCAGUAAAAAACCUUACGAGCAAAACAAUCAUAUAAUACGCGUCUGCUGCAGGUCUCAUUUUUAUCUUACACUUUAAUAAUUGUAACGGUAAGGUUUUCGAAACUAUCUUUGCCGAAUGUAUCCUUGGAUUCCUGUGCUCAAAGUUCCACGUCCAUUCACAAGGCGUGAAUGUCCUCGAAGCUACAAGCUAGACGUCAACAUGAAAAAAUGUUUCAACUCGCAAUCGUUGUUUUUAAUUUGCAUUUUCUGCGAGAACGACAACUGGUGAUUGAAUGAUUGCAUG